CAUCACUCUCCCCUUUAUACUGAUUGAGAGGAAGAGCAAACAAGCAAAAACUAAACUAAACUAAAGAGAGAUGCUUCUACUCUCUGCAACUGCAAUCCCUUCACAAUAUCCUCUCUCCAAUCCCACUAUCUCAUGCGUAAAUCCUAACCUCCAUUACCACUUCUAUAAAUCCCAAAACUCUUACUCUCCUUUUCCGCUUCUCUCAAAACCCUCAUCUUUACCAAAUUCUUCUUCUUCUUUAAAUUCUACUUGUACUGCAACUUUGAGGUAUGUAAAUGACCCCAUUUUAGAGGAAGAAGGUGGGGAUUGGGUCCCCUCGGCUUCGGCGGUAGCUUCUGCUAUACGCAAAGCUUCGUCUUCUCCGAUUGAAUUUACCCAGAAAAUUGAGAGAGACCCUAAAUCUCAAGGUAUUGUUCUGCCUAGCCCUGAUUUUCAGAAGCUUUGCCUUGAUCAGUUGGCACUUUUUCGAAGAAUUGUCGACCCCAAUGCUCUUCUCUCUGUUUAUGUCAGGCCUGCUGGUAGCUAUGUGAUGGAUCGGUUAGAACUCCGACGUGUUACCUUCUAUCCAACAGUCGAUGGGUCUGAUAUUGUCAUACUUGUUGGUAAUUUCAGUGUUCCUGCUGGGUUGCGUGGUGCUGAAUCUGCUCUCUCUAAUCUGCAAGCCAAGGAAAUUCCUGAGUAUAGAGCUGUUGUUUUCCCUAUGGUCAAACAUCCAUUUGUUGUUGGGUUUUUAGUUGCUGAGAUUCCGGGUUUGGAGCUUGGAAGGGGAUCUCAUGAUGCUUCUCAGUUUCCAUCCCCAGAGGAGUGCUAUGCAUUGCCCCCUACUUUUGAUUUGAAGUCGCCUGAAAUCCCAUUAUGCAGUGAAAAACCAUUGAUGUACCUCAACCUCUCUGCUGACCAGAGAUUAAAUGCCAUAAAUAUUUCGCAUUCGAUUGCUAUGGCUUAUGUCAUGGAUCAGAAAGCAAUGUUGCUUCAACAGACAUCUUGGCAAAAUAACAUCCGGAUGAGUAAUCUUGUUGAGCAAAUACGUGGGCCAUUGUCUAGCUUACGGACUCUAUCUAAAAUGUUAGCAGUACAAAUUAAAAGAAGUGAGAUUGCUCACGACAUUGUUGAAGAUAUAAUGGUCCAAAGUGAUCGUAUGCUAGACACCUUGCAACAGCUGCAGGAUGCUGUUCUCUUGACAAAGGCUAACAUAAUGAGGUUCAAUGAAGAAUCAUUGAAGAAAAUGGAUGGCUCAAAUUAUGCUCAACCUGAACCGAGGAUGUUACCAAAUGACAUGUCAAGUCAGACAUCUGCUGACAAGGGAAGAAGCUUUGAUCGACAACCUUCUCUAAGUUUGGCAGUGAAAGAUUUGGAGAUGCCAAUGCCACCAUUAGCGCUAGCACCGUUACAAGAGAAUGGCAUCAGACCAUGCAAUGUUUCUGAUGUACUGGUGAAUUUGGUUGGAGCUGCACAGCCUCUUGCUCAAAACCAGAAGCGUAUUUUGGAAUUAAGUGAAUUCUCUCAUCACCUGCCAGUUGCUGUAGAAGAACCUGCUCUGCGUCAGGCCCUAAGCAAUCUGAUAGAGGGUGCAUUGUUGCGAACACAUGUUGGAGGAAGAGUUGAAAUUCUCUCUGUAGGAGCACCUGCAGGUGGUGCGCUGGUUGUGAUUGAUGAUGAUGGUCCAGAUAUGCACUACAUGACACAGAUGCAUUCGCUUACACCAUUUGGGGAUGGCCUUCUCUCGGAGAAAAUGGUGGAGGACAACAUGACAUGGAAUUUUGUCGCUGGGAUCACAGUUGCACGAGAGAUACUUGAGAGCUACGGUUGUGUUGUCCGUGUCAUAUCUCCUCGGAACAAAGAGGCUGCUCUAGGAACAGGGGGGACCCGAGUCGAAGUUUGGCUUCCUUCUUUGACUCCAUAUAAUCACAGCACUGUGGCUGAUGGGGCAUAGUAAGUUGUGAAUUUGAGAUUGCUUCGGUAUUCAAGACGCUCAACAUAUGAUGUAUAGUACUCCUAUAGCAUUAAUCUAUUCCCUUUAGAAAGCAGUGUAAAUACAAACCUUCCUAUGCUUGAUCAGCUGGAUUAGAAGUAUUAUCGUUAA